CUUGAGAAAAAAACAUUAGUCUCCUAAUCAUGAUUAGGAAUAAAAUUUGAAGUUAAUUACAAACUUCGUGAAUGUGACCUCCUCUUUAAAUCUCCAUUCAUAUUCUUGAUUCUCUAUUUCUCUCUCAUUCUCUCUCUCUCUCCCUCUCAUCUCUUAGAACACAGUUGUAGUCGACAUGGGCAGGCAUUCUUGCUGCUACAAGCAGAAGUUAAGGAAAGGGCUUUGGUCCCCGGAGGAAGAUGAGAAGCUUAUAAAGCACAUAACUAGAUAUGGACAUGGCUGCUGGAGCUCAGUCCCGAAGCUCGCAGGGCUGCAAAGGUGUGGGAAGAGCUGCAGGUUGAGGUGGAUCAAUUACCUGAGACCUGAUUUGAAAAGAGGGACGUUUUCCCUGGAGGAAGAGAACUUGAUCAUUGAACUGCAUGCAGUUCUUGGAAACAGGUGGUCACAGAUUGCUGCACAAUUGCCUGGAAGAACGGACAACGAAAUCAAGAACCUGUGGAAUUCCUCCAUCAAGAAAAAACUGAGGCAAAAGGGCAUUGACCCCAACACUCACAAACCUCUCUCAGAAGCAGCUCACAAUCAAGAAAAAACAUCCCCAAACACCAAAAACAGCAAUGACAAAACAUCCGAAACAUAUUCCAGUGAACUCAGUUUCUUCGACGGUGAAAACUCCGACAAUCAAGCAAUUCUUGCAGCAGAAAACCCAAAACCAUCCAAUUCACUCCGACAAUCAAGUAAUUUAGCUGAUGCUCCUCCGACUUCAGCGCACGAACUCUUUCUCAACAGGUUUCUUGCCAGCCAUGAUCAGACAAGCUCCACCACCAGUUCCCGGCCUUCUGAUUUUUCCGGCUUCUUAUCCUUUCGGCAGCUACAUUACGGGCCAAAUUCCGGGCUUUCCACAAAUCCCAACACUAAUCUUGUCUUCAGUACAAAUGAUCUCAAGUGCUUAGACAUCGUUCCUGAUCACUUCAGUUUCAAUCUUCCAGCCCGAAUAAAGCCCGACAGAAACUUCCCGUCCGACAACCCCGUCAGCCCUUUUAGUACAAAAUUCCAGAAUUGGGAAGCCUGUGAUAAUGGAAUCAGCACAAGCAAUGUAAACACCUUUCUGGAAAACAAUGGCUUCCAAUGGGGAGCUGCGGAUUGUGUAAAAUCAGAGAAAUCAGGAGGAGAAUUGACCCCAGAAGACAUCAAGAUCACAGAAUAUCUGCAAUCUCCGUUCUUACAGGGAAACACUCUACAAGAUUAUCAAACACCUGAAGACAUAUACGGCGAAACGAAAUCAUCACAAGCACUCUUUACAGCCGCUGAUCAGGGCCCGUUGAUGACUAACUGGCAUACAAAUCAGCAGCAACAAUCUUUCCAGGCUGCGGAAAUAUACAGCAAGCAUCUGCAGAGGAUUCCGGCCGCCUUCGGACAAUUUUCCUAGAUUAUUUCACUUUCUCUGAGGCUGCUAAUUCUCCAACAGGUGGAUGGUACAUAGAGUUCCAUAUUCUUAAUAUGUAAAUAGGGACCAUAUACUACAGAAUUCCUCAGCUUCUAAAUCAUUAAUAAUUACCUGUUUUCACUGUUCUUUUCUCCUCUUCUUCUUCUCCUACAUAAGCUUUCAUUUGUUUUCGGAGAUUUAUGGGGUUGUAAUAUCAUGUCUGUUAAUAGUUGAACAAG